AUGCAUCCAUUCCUUUCAACCGUUGGGACUGGAGGUCACCCACAGCCACACAAGAAACACUUUGGAAACGGAUUGCUGCUCGUUUUGAGCAAUGCGGCCAAUUCCGGGGAGGUUGCAUGUGAGCUGGCCAUUCGUGGUCAUUGUGGUGCACCCUCUCAGCAUGCGUCAGUGGUGCACUCCGUCACCUGCUCCAUCGUGUUCCCCGGCGCUCUGACGAUUCCAGAGAUCCCCGGAUCGCUCUACAUCACGUCGUUUAGACUCCGAUUCGAGCCCCAGAGCGCGUCGUUAAGAACCAUUGGGGGGUUCUACAGACUACUUGACACUGCGCUUCGAGGCAUGCCGCGAGCAGCGGUGGCCAGACCCUCGUACCCUCAAGCGACUGUAUCAGCGUCGAGGUCCAUCAACGCGUACACUCCUACGAGACUUGUGGUUAAAUUCAAGGACUUACGCUCAUGGACACUAGGCGGAGAUGUGACGAGACUACUGCCAGCAUUAAAUCGACACGCUUAUGUGGACACCCCCGCUGAAUGUGUUCGCGUUUACGUCGAUCGGAGCUGUAACGGGGUUACAUGGGUGUGGCACACACAUGGGUACGGAGUACCCGAAGAGUUAACAGACUCUCAGUACAUGAAUCGUAGAGUUAACAGUGGCCUUAGUACAUAG